CCUCCUCUGGGCGCCUCAUCACUAAUUUGUCGUCCAGAUCUCGUGCGCUCCUGUUCAUCAGCUUUGAAAAUCUUCCACUUCGUGCGCUACAAUCUCACCUGACUUGUUUCAGAAAUGGCUCUUCCACCCUACAACGCUUUUGGUGAUUUUAACGACUCGGUCUCCACAACUCCUUUCAAUGUUACCUUCGCUGAGGAUUUGCUGCGCGCGCCUCCAAACGGCAACGAAACCAUCAAAGCUGCAGGCAGGGACACUACAAGUCUCAUCCUCGCCGUUUGUAUCACGGCUCUCUACUCUCUCAUCUGUGUGGUGGGACUGCUUGGAAAUGUGCUUGUAAUGUACGGAGUGGUCAGAUACACCAAAAUGAAAACUGCCACCAAUAUCUACAUCUUCAACCUGGCUCUCGCUGACGCUCUUGCCACUAGCACCCUCCCCUUCCAGAGUGCCAAGUGCCUGAUGAGCACAUGGCCUUUUGGGGAGGUGUUGUGUAAAGUGGUUAUCGCCAUAGACUACUACAACAUGUUCACCAGCAUCUUCACACUCACCAUGAUGAGCGUAGACCGAUACAUCGCUGUCUGUCAUCCAGUGAGGGCCCUUGACUUCCGCACACCUGCCAAAGCCAAGCUCAUCAACGUGUGCAUCUGGAUCCUCUCGUCUGCCGUCGGAGUCCCUGUCAUGAUCAUAGCUGUUACCAGGGUGACAGAUAAAGGAAACACCUCCUGCGAACUCAGUUUCCCCAAACCGUACUGGAACACGGUGAUGAAAAUCUGCGUUUUCGUCUUUGCUUUCGUGGUUCCUGUCCUGGUCAUCACCAUCUGCUAUGGUCUGAUGAUCCUGCGGCUCAAGAGUGUCCGUCUGCUCUCUGGCUCCAAAGAGAAGGACAGGAACCUGAGAAGGAUCACCCGCAUGGUCCUGGUGGUCGUAGCAGCCUUCAUCAUCUGCUGGACUCCCAUCCACAUCUUUAUCAUUGUCACGACCAUGGUGGAUAUCAACCGCAAGAACCUCCUGGUGAUGGCCAGCUGGCACUUGUGCAUCGCACUGGGCUACACCAACAGCAGUCUCAACCCUGUGCUGUACGCCUUCUUGGAUGAGAACUUCAAAAGGUGCUUCAGGGAUUUCUGCCUGCCCUAUCGUCCCCACCUGGAUCAGAACAGCUUCUCCAGAGCACGCAAUACCACGAGGGAGCCUGUGUCUGUCUGUGCUCCUGCGACGACACAGAGACCGCCGGCCUGACUAGGCAUGGAUCAUUGCGGAGGAAGAACACUUCAGGAUGACCCUCAUACUGAGGUCACGCAGUUCUCCACCACAGGAGUCUGAGUCUGCAGAUGGAGGCUUUUGACCUGCCAUUUAUGUAAAUCGUCAAAUUUUGGUCCCAGAUAUUAAAAAUUCCUGUGUCCAAGUAUGAGAAACAGUUCUUCAAGAGGAUCACAAACAUGCCUGUGUGUGCCUGUGCAUAAAGAAAUGGAUAUAAAUGCACAUCAUUGGAAAGUGCAUAAAGCACAUGCAUAAUGCACCCAUAUAAACAAACUCAGUGUUAAAGGGAGAGUUCUCCCCAAAUUCAGAAAUACAUUUUUUCCUCUUACCUGCAGUGCUGUUUAUUAGUCUAGAUUCUUUUGGUGUGAGUUGCAGAGUGCUGAUGUUGUUGUGAGAUAUCCGCCAUAUGGCGCAUUUCCACUACAUGGUACCGGCUCUACUAUACUCUGCUAUACUUGCCUUUUUUGGUUUAGCAUUAGGAAAA